GGUCAUGUGCGCUGGGCGUGGUUUCGGCUGCUGCUUGCUGGCUGUCGUCGGGUUGAAGUCUCGGCUUACCUUUGAUCGUGUCUGACUAAUUUAUUCGUUUUAAUAAUUUUAGAUAUGGAUAUCAACAAGCCCAGAAACAGCAACCAGACUUCGCCUUCUCUGAAGCUGUCAAAUGGCUACAUCCUACCUGAGGGCAAACUGACUCCCAAUGCCCUCUUUGUUGGUGGGAUUGACACGAAUGUGGAUGAAAAUGAAAUGCGGGACUUCUUUGCCAGAUAUGGUACUGUUAAGGAAGUUAAAAUUAUCACGUACCGUGGAGGGAUCUGCAAAGGGUAUGGGUUUGUGUACUUCAGCGAAGAAGUCAACAUUCAGACAAUCGUGGAGCAACAGAUCAGUUUUAAGGGCCGGAAACUCAAGCUGGGCCCUGCCAUCAUGAAAGAAAGGAGCUCUCGGUCCAUGCCAUCCCGUCUGAUCAGCCCAGCACCUUGGAUGAGCCCCACUCAGUACUUCUACUGCGCUUGCUGCUCACCCGUGGGAGGGGGUGUGGCACAACCUUCGCCCGUCCUCAGUGGAGGAAACCCCUACAAUCAGAUGUACUCCUACUCCAACUUUGGAGGGGUCAUGAUGCCACAGAUGCCAGUGAACUACGCACAGAACGCCUACCCCUACCAGUACACUCCACCUCAAUGGACGGCGGACCAGAGGACACGGCCUGUCAAUCAGAACUUUGUGGACUGUGGAGUCCAGACUAUGUUGACUGUGCUGUAGUCCACAACUACUCAGAUACAGCCUACAGUGAGUCGAAAUGCAGACAGGAUGACAUCUUGAUGUUGUGGACGGCUGGAAGCAACCCAACUUCUCCUCCUUCCUCCUCCUCCCCUCCUUCCCCUCAAUUUUUGAGACCCAUUUUAACACCAGACUGCAGGAGUUCUUCACUUUGAACUAUACUUGUUUGAUCAGUCACUUUGACCUCGACUGGUAGGGACCACUGCCGUGUGGUCAAGCGGCUUUUAAACCACAUGGAUCACAGUUAACAGUCACACAGGAAGAACAGCGCACCGUCACCGUACCAGCUGAUACAUGGGCUCACAUUUUUCUUUUUUUCUUCUUUGUUUUUUUCUUUGUUUUUUUUUUUUCUUUUUCUGUGUUAAUUAUCUCAAACCAAAAAAAAUGGCAAAACCUUUUUAAGCUCACCCCUUUGUGCCUAUUUAUAUUUUAUGUUUUAUAAUUUAUUUUUGGAAUUAUUUUAAUUUUUUCUUUGGUUGGGGCUUUUUUAGCCUUUGCAAGGGCUCUCUGUACAUAAAAGGUACGUUUAUAUAUAUACAUAUAUAUAUGUUGUAACAAUGUCUUGCAAUCUGGUUGUGUCAGCAUUGAAGAAGAAUGCGUCUUUAACUUCAAUUCAGGUCUAAUGCUCCUAAGAAAUUUCAUUAACUUUUACUACUACAGGAUAACGGCACUCGGCCAUUUAAUCGAUUUCAAACACUCGCAUUUAUUUUGUGCUCUAUUCUAUUUACCUAGGUGUCGAUUGAGGCAGUAAACGAAUGGUAAUUUUGUCACGUUGUAGCACCUCAUCACUAUCACUGAUUACUUACGCCAGACUUUUUUAGUUCUGGUUUUGUGGCACACCGAUCAUCUGUAUGUCACGUUUUUCUAAACCGUCCCGUCCCGUGACUGGUGUUCCUCAAACGGUUUUCAGGUUUUCAAACUCAAGGUCAAUCAAGGCAUCAAUUUCUUUUUUUUUUUUCUUCCCUGUUGUCAAUCAACUUAUAAGUGGAAAGCAGUUUUAACCCACUUUUGAAAAUGAAGGACAUAAUUGAAAGCAAGGUGUUCUCUUUGGGGAAAACUUUCACUGUACAUGGUUUCACUUUAUACUGGUUGUUUCUCAGCAUGUUGGGUUUUAAUGGAAUCGCAGGCGGAUCUUGCACUAAACAUUUUACUGACAUCGAAUGAGUGAGCCUUUUUAUAUAUAUAUAUCUAUAUUCCUUUCAGUAAGUGCACUUAAUUUUCUUUCUACACUUGAAGAGCAGCUUUUGUGUGAUUGGAGAUGCACGUUUGAUAUUUUGGUGUACACCACUGAUUUUUCUUUCCCUUUGACCCUUAGUUUGAUUUGGGCUUUGACCUCAGCGUCUCCUCUGUGCAGACAUCUGAUUGUAUUGAUUUGAGUAGUAUUGCUCAGAGAGCCUAUAGGCACCACACUGUUACGGUAUGGUUGGUUUAUUAAGAGUUCGUGUUUCACAGGGUUCUAAUGUUUUCGUUUUGGAAAAAAUAAAAGUUGGAAGUGUGUUAUCAUUU